GAAAGGAAAAGGGGGAGCGUUUAGAGCCGCUGCGUAGCCUUAUACGUACAGUACGCGCUUAUUUAAAUGUAUUAGCUAAUCGAUUCUAUUAUAUUUUAAACAAAAUAAUUAUAUGCUGCUUGAAAUGCAUGCAAUGUGCCAGAGGUAAACCACACAGCAGAAGAGCUAGUAACCAAAUAACCCUUGCAAACCGUUUUAAAGCCAGCAAACCGCGACUUGAUUGUAAUGAACCAAAUAGUUUUUGUACUCACGUCAACAAGAUUUUGACAAGAUUUGUAUAAGAACCGAAACCAAAGUGGAAGCAGAUCGCGGCGCGCGCAAGGCCAUUGUGACGUUUACCGGCCGCACACCUGGUCUCGCGCGGGAUACGCAAAACCCAGGAAACGUUAUGAGUUACGACAACAAGUGAGUUUGAAUUAUAAAAAGUCCCCGUUUGAACCAACGGUUCGACAUUCGCUAAUGUCUUGUUAUUCUCAUUUGUAAGUUGGUUAACGGAUUUUCGGCCAAGCAGUUGUUAAACCGAGACGCAAAACAAGCAUCAAGUGACUAGUGUUCAUGUAUAUUCAGACAACAUUGCUUGGAAGAUCCCGACUAUCCGUCUGUGUGUCAGUCCGAGAUAGAGCGUCCCUGAGGAAGCAGUAAUGACCGAGAGGCACAAUACCAAAAAUGUAAAGCUAGCUUGAGCAAUUUACUUACGUUAUAGCUACAUUUUAAACCAAAUAAUAUUACCAAAAAGAAACAACCUCAAAAAAACAGUCUACUUGACAAACAGCAACCAAAGAAACUCAAGACAAGCGCCAAAUACAAGAGACCAUAGAAGCAAAGCCCAGACGACGACGGAUCAUGUUUGUUCCCUUGCCGGUGCCGUUGGUGUUUCAGAGAACCGCUCCUGAUUUCAGCGCCUGGCGACUCAAGUCUCCGCUGCCUCUGCGCUCCGGUAACUCCGUCGAUAUCAGGAUGUCUAAAGCUAUGGAGGAUGACAAGACGGGGACUGAGCUUCCAGUGGACAGUACAGACUCUGAGAGGAACAGUCCAGAGGCCAGCGAUCAGACCCAGCCGAUGAAAACAAGUCCUUUCUGCCUUUCCCCUGCACCCAGCAACACAAAGGUGAAAGGAGAGGAAGCCGCUGAGAUGACCAGUGUUCACGCUCCUCCACCUCCUCCAGCUCAGCCGGCUCUGCCACACACACAGCUCAUGCUAGCAGGCAGUCAACUCGCAGGGCUGGCUGCUCUCCUCCCGGCGCAGCAGCAGUUGUUGUUGCAGCAGGCUCAAGCGCAGCUCUUAGCCGCAGCCGUGCAGCAGUCCAAUGCUGCGCAUGCCGCCCACGCAGCCGCCGCCGCCAAUCAGCAGCAGACGCAGCAGCAGGCCAAUCAGGCCGCAGCACAAGCCCAGUCUCAAGCCAAAGCUGAGCAAGCACCACCUCCGCUGCUGUCACAGCCAAUCCAGCUCACUGCCCAGGACAUUCAGCAGUUGUUGCAGUUGCAGCAGUUGGUCCUGAUGCCUGGUCAUCCUCUGCAGUCUCCGGCUCAGUUCCUGCUGCCUCAAGCCCAGGCUCAGCAGGGUCAGCAAGUUCGUGCAUUCUCAGGUUUGCUCUCGACGCCAAAUUUGAUUCCUCUACCUCAGCAAAGCCCAGGGAGUCUCCUGACCACUCCACCUAGACUGGGCCUUCAAGCACAGCAUCAUCUUGACGACAGGCUGUGGUCAUUGCAGAGGGAGAAGAGUGUGGAGAGUGUGGUCAGCUCCGCCCCUUCCUCAGCCCCGCCCAUGAGCUCCGCCCCCACAAAUACACCACACCCAGAGGAGCCCAGUGACCUGGAGGAGCUCGAGCAGUUUGCCAGAACAUUCAAACAGAGGAGGAUUAAACUCGGCUUCACACAGGGUGAUGUGGGUAUGGCCAUGGGUAAACUGUACGGCAAUGACUUCAGUCAGACCACCAUCUCCCGCUUCGAGGCUCUCAAUCUCAGCUUCAAGAACAUGUGCAAACUCAAGCCCCUGCUGGAGAAAUGGCUGAGCGAUGCAGAAACCAUGGCUAUAGACAACAUGCUGCCGAGCCCCAGCUCUCUGUCCUCCCCUUUGCUGGGUUUUGAAGGUUUGCCUGGACGCCGCCGCAAGAAACGCACCAGCAUCGAGACCAACGUUCGCAUCGCCCUCGAGCGCAACUUCAUCUCGAACCAGAAGCCUACCUCUGAAGAAAUCCUGCUGAUGGCCGAGCAGCUCAACAUGGAGAAAGAGGUCAUUCGCGUCUGGUUCUGCAACCGGCGGCAGAAAGAGAAGCGUAUAAACCCCUCCAGUGCCACCCCUCCACUGCCCACUCAGCCUCCAGCACCGACGCACAAAGCUCCCUGCUACAGCCCGCACAUGAUGUCCAGUCAGGCACUGGCUCAAGUUGCAACCAGUCUCAGCACAACAGCGGUCAGUCCCACCCCUUCUGUGGCUUGUUCUCUAACCACCAGUGGACUUGCAGCCAUGAGCUCCGCCCCUUCCUCUGUGACUCCGCCUCCUCUCAGCACAGUCAGCCCCACCCCGCCCAGCCUCAGCAGCCCUGGCCUGAACACAGGGAACACAAUGAUGGGUGUAAGCACAGGAAUGAACCAGGCCCUCAUCAGCAGCAACCCACUGGCCACAAUGCAAGCCCUGGCUGCCAGUGGUGGCCAGAUGUCCAUUUCCGCUCUUGAUGGCAGCGGUCAGAUGUUCCUGGGUGGAGCUGGAGGUCCAGGAGCUGGACUUCGCCAGUCCCUCUUCCUGAACCGGCCCACUUUACUGCCCCUGGCGAGGGGCGCGGGCAUGGGUCUGAUGGGCCCAAGGGCCUCCCCUCCUCCUGGCCCAGACUCCUGCUCUAUCUCCCCCUGCUCAAGCCCCGCCUCCUUCUGCUCAUUAGGCGAAGCGUCACCGCCCCAUCUGGGUGGAGCUAUGGCAGAGUGACACCCACAACGACCUGCUGCACUCGAGGGGAGUCAGAGGGGCGGAAGAAAGAAGACAAACACGACUCGCCUUUUCAACCAAAGCCAUCUCUCACUCCCUCCAUUUCUCUCUUGUGCUCUCUCUCUCUUUCAUAAUGUCUUUUAAUGCCAAAAAUAUAGAGAAAUGAGCAGAAGAGAACAGGGAUGAGGAGAGAACUGGAUAAGGGGGACUGUUUAAACCAAAAAAAUUGAUCUAUAAGGAGAGGUGGCUUCAACGGAGCUACUUUAAGAAUGUACAUUUAUUCCUUUCUGAGUGGGACAAACCUACACGAAUAGAUGAAUUUGAGGGCAGGGUUGAGAGCCAAAAAAAAAAAACUUUAUGAAUGAAUAACAACAAAAAAAGAAAACGGGUGGCAGCGAAUGGAACAAAGGAAGGACAUCUGACAAGUGUCACUGGAUGGUAGAAAGAGAAACCAAAAAUAAACACAUGGAAGAAGAACGGAGAGACUCACAAAGACAAAAAAUGCCAAAACCAAAAUACCAAAAACCAAAACCAAAAUCGGAGAGAAAAGCUUUACCUAAGACUUUGAAACCUGACUUGUCCAGGAUCAGAUUAACUCUACACAACACCAAAAACCUUUUUUCCUCAUUAUUUUAAUGAUUUUUUUUCAUGCACCCUUAUAAUUUUUUUCUUUUCAAAUUGUUGUAAAUGUAUUCCUCAAUCUACCUCUGCUAUCAACUAUUUCGAUUUCCUCAUUCUUUUUCAUUUCAUUCGCAUUUUCUUUUUCUCCCGAAAACACAACAACAGAUGAAUUCAAACGGGAUUUCUCCCACACUUUCGACAGUAUUACACACACACACACAUAUAAACUGAAACUUACUGUGAUACGCAUCCAUGAUUCCCACCAUCGAUCAUCAGCAUCCAUGCUUCAAACUUUGACACACUUUUCUUGGAUACCAAAGCAUUCAUCUGGCCUUUUGCGUCAGCUGAAAAGUGCUCAGACGAUAAGACCUCAGACAUACGCUAGGAAAAUUUUAUCAUAAAUCCCCUGAGCCCCCAAACCCCUGCCCUCCAUCCUCUCUGGACCCCUCUCCUGUGCCUCGGUAAAAUCGUGAGAUUAAAAAGAGCCAAACGACAGGCAAGAGGAGCAGCGACUGAAGAGGAUCCGAGGGAAAUGUGCAGGGGGAAAUCCACCAACCAAGAAGCGGAGGGAAGACAUGUGAUGUCACCAUCUUUUCUUAUUUUAUUUUUGCAACACACGGAUGAAACCAAAAAUGAAACCAAAACCAAAACCAAUGGACUAAAACUGAACUUUGCUCAAUGGAAUGAAACCAAAAACCAGGAGUGGGCUACAGGAGGUGCACGAGGAGGAUGUUUUUAGAGUAGCAAGACUCGAUGACGUGAACAAAGACUCGACGUGACUUUUGAUCAUUCCUUCACCUCCUCCCUCCUUUCCGUUAAGUCGAUGCGUUCGCUCUCCUUCCUGGACGGGAGAAUAUUUAUUAACCUCAUCGAACUGAACUUCAGAAUAUAUAUAUAUACAUAUAUAUUUUGUUUUAUUGCUUUAGUUUUUUCCUCUUGGUCUGUCUGUUUAUGCCGUAUGACUCGUCUCAUUGCUUUAUAUUUUUGGGAUAAUGGGGUGACGUAUUGCCUAUUUUCAUAUUUCGUGUGUUUCGUCAUUUUGAUCGUGCCGUGGGGGGAGGGGAGGUUUCCCUCAUCAGGCGGUUUGAAACAAUACUGUGAACAUGUAGCUUCCAAGUUUUGCUUCGAUUGCGAAUGUUGUGAAACAAUAAGCCAAAACUGAAGAAAUACCAAAUCGAAAACGUUUUUUUUUUCUUUUCGUUCUUGUUGUCGUUGUUGUUGACACCAAAUAGCGACUUAACCAAUGCACAACGCAUGGAGAAGGAGCAUAUUGGUGCUAGGUCUCAUCGAGGAGAGAUUGUAUGUGAGACGUGUGUGUUUGUGAGAACAUGGAAGCUCAUCUCCAGCAUGGAAACCAAACCGAAACACGACCGCUAAGCCAAUGUAACUUUCACUCGGCGGAACGUUUUUGACUAUGUGACCUUAGAUGCAUACAAAAACGCAGACAAACGAGAAAUGUAGAAGAUGGGGCGGGGUGGGGCUGGGGUUUCAAAUCAACUGGAGAUCCAGUUGACCUUACACUUCUAGAGGGAAUGUACCUGUUAGUGCUUUGAUAGAUUUUGUAGGAAAAAAAAAUCUAUGUUCAACUGCUUACUAUUGCUAAUGUAAAAAAAAAAGGCUGUGAUAAAAUAGUCCUUAUGAAAUGUUGAUGAUAAUGACUUGAUUUUAGACCAAAAGCUUUAAACCGUCUCUCUUUGAUUUUUUUUUUUCCCUCGAAAAUUUGUAUUUAUUGUGUGAGGGGAGGGUGUAUCGAUGAUUUUUAUGUUUCCAACUCUUCAUCUUAUUUAUUGGCUUAUUUAUGUAUUUAUAGCGAUUUAAUUUAUCGAUUCAGUCUCUUUGUUAAGUCUUCGUAAAACAAAACUGGGCGACUGUGGGGUAGCUUCGAUAAACUAAAACAAAACUAAAGACACAGUGGUGUUUUAAAAACCACAACUGACUGUUGUUUCCAUGGGCACCUUUUAAAAAGGACGUGUCCACCACUUUUGACGAGAGAUUGAAAAAAGCUGGGCUAAUUUUAUGCAUAACUCUUGUUCGAAAUUUUCGUUUCGUUUAGGAUUUGCUCCAUUUUUUUAGAUGCGUUUGAUGAGGGAAAACGAGUGAGAGAGAUGCGCUUCUGCAUAUACCUCAUGUGUAAUUAGAAAUGCCAAAUAGAUGGAAAAAAAGCUUUAAGAAUUUGACAAGGGGAGCAGAGGAGAUGUUGCUCAGGAGAGGGUCUUUUUAGCGUCUUUUUCGCGUGAGUACAAGGGUUCACAGACUUUCCCCAGAUUGUCCGGUUCAAACGUCCGGCCCACAACCGGUUUUUAAGAACAGUAUGGCAGGUUUUUUGUUUUUUACAUUGGUUUUCUAUGUGUACGUUGCUCAUGUGAUUAUUGGUUUUUGUAUAUAUCUCUUCUGUGUGUGUGUUGGUGUGUGUGGAAGGCGCUGCUGUAGAGGGCCCCGAAUGAUACCAAAGUUAAACCUCUACCGCGGGACCUCGCACAUGCUAGACGCGCUCAAAUGCAUGGACGUUCUUGUAGACAUGCACACGCAAAACUGUUCAUUAACCGACCAUAUACAGCAGGAAUGUCCAUGACUGCAUCGUUGUCGUUGUGCAGUAUAUGUUCUGUUGUUUUGCAUUGCCAAAUAGAGGUCAAUCUCACUUUUAAAUAGACUUAUCUGAAUUUUCUACCUUAGCUACAUUUUGAUUAGAACGUAGAACACUUAUUUUGACAAUUUAAAAUGAAUAUCAAAUGCAACACUGUUUAGUUUUGCUUUUUCUUCAACUACUACAGCUUCAGUCCAAAGGUAACUGAUUAGGUCAACAAAGGGAGAUUCUCUCCCUCAAACCUCAAGAGUUGAAACCAAAGAGUUCUGUCGUAACAUGUUCAUCAGGAAACAUGCGAAUGCUUUUUCUUUUGUCCUCAGAACACAAACCCGCUUCACUUUUUGACAUUUGAUGUUGACGAUGACGAUGCCAACUACACGACGAUGGUCACUUUCGACUCUGUAUCUGCGUUUUUUGCGAAGAUCCUUUUUCCUCUCUGUCGGUGUGUGUCUCGCUCUUACCUCAGAAGCUCUUCAUGGAAUUUGAAUCUGGAUUUUGCGUUCAGAACUGUUGAACUGUCUGUUACUCAUCGCUCUCUGUGUGCCUGUUGUAUGG